AUGGCCCCUCACGCUGAAGAGCCCAAGGCCGACACGGGUGUCGACCUCAUCCAGCACGAUGGAAAGACGUAUGGAGAUUGGCGCGAUGACUUUCACCGCGACGGUUGUGCAGUGGUGAAGGGUGUCGUUACACCAGAACGAGCCGAAUACUACAAACAAAAGCAAAUCGAAUGGUUGCAAUCGUUUGGUCUUGGUUUUGAUCCCAAUGACGAAUCCACCUGGACUGCCGACCAUCUCCCCGUUAGUUUCAAAGGCGGCAUGUACUUCGCUUACUCCAGCACCCACGAGAAGUUUGUCUGGGAAGCUCGAACAGAGCCCAAGGUUGUGGAUGUAUUCACGAAGCUAUGGGGCACUGACGAGCUUUUGUGCUCAUUUGAUGGCAUGAACAUUACCCUACCACGACAAAAAGACCUGACUUGGAGCCCAUGGCCACAUUGCGAUCAAAACGAGAACCGCAAGGGAAUGCAAUGCGUACAGGGUUUGCUGAACUUUCAGCCCAAUGGACCGAAGGAUGGUGGUUUGAUCUUGAUGAAGGGUAGUUCAAAACUAUUUGAUGAAUUCUUUGCCGAAAAGCGAGAACAAGACGAACAUGAAGACAAGCCACCGCCAGAGGAAGAGAUGAGAGACCUUUUUAUCUUCAAGGAAGAAGACGUGAAGUGGUUCGAGAGCAGGGGCUGCACAUUGCAAAAGAUAAAUCUGGACCCCGGCGACUUGGUUCUUUGGGACAGCCGUACGAUGCACUAUGCCGCACAUCCACAGGGCGAUCUUAUUCGACACGUGCAAUACAUCUGCAUGACGCCACGAAAGUUCGCAAAGGAGGAAGACGUGAAACUAAAAGCUGAGCUGUUCCAAAAUUUCCAGGGCACCACGCACUGGCCCCAUUGCAACAUUCACAAGGCUGGCCCACCGCUACGCAACGGCAAGUUAUGUCCGAAGGACAGGAGUGAACCUUUGGAGAAACCGGUUAUUACGGACCAGAUCUUAAAACUGGCUGGAGUGAAGGCGUACUAA